AUGUUCCGAUUCAUCACGGGCAUGCCACAAGGACAAGGACAAGGCCUCCAGGGACUCACCAUGCGGAUCACCCCUCUCUAUGCCAACCGCGUUUUGCCAGCACUACUACAGCAAUGUGGAUCAACACUCCAAGUCCUUCGUCUUGGCGAGCUCGGAUUCGCCAAUUUGCGAUCCACAUAUAUUGCCGACAUCCUCGCCCGCUGCCCGCGACUCAAGGUUUUUGUUGUCUCAUCCGCACCUGGCAAGCUGCGACCAUUCUCCAAGAUUGCACUUCAGGACUUGUUGAGCGCAGAGUGGGUCUGCUCAGAGUUGGAAACACUGUCGAUCAGUAUCAACGAGCUCGCGGCUGUCGCGACGGCACAGGACACAGGCACGCUGUAUGAUGGCCUUGCAUCGUUGGCGCUGGAGGACACGAAGAAUGAAAAGGGCAGCCAGUUAGGAUCGACGGCAGCACAGACUUACCAAGACUACGUCAAGUUCUCUAGCAUGGUGCGCAACGUUUUGGAGUUUUACAGGAGGUUGAAUGCGUUACCCAAGUUGGUGACAUUGUCCUUACAGUGGAGUCAGGUUUGUCAGACGGUGCCCUAUGAGUGUGGGAUGGGGUUCUCAGACCACUUGUUGGAUGUCGACAAGCUGCAGUGGAUGGGUCUUGAAUGGUCAGCCCGCUCUGGCGUCUAG